AUGAAAUUGACCAACGACAUACCAUUACGAAGUAUCUACAAGCAACAGAUGCGAACCGUGGCUACAGUUAUGGGUACAGUACCCACUGUUCCGAUUGCUAGACAGCAGAUAACUGGUGCGGGACCUUUCCGAGCGAGCCCCCAAUUCACCACCGUUGGAAACCCUUCAACUUUACUCUCAAUCUCAAUGCCACAAUCUUCGGAAAUUUACUUAUCUCAAAGCUCGAUUAUUGCUCUCAAUGGUGAUUUUGACAAUGUUUACGCAGAUAAUUGUUCAAUAUAUGGCGUUCCAUACCAAAAGCUAGUGUCUUCGGCUGCCUCGAACAUCAUUGUCAGUGGAAGAACCAACUACAAGAUCUUGGACUUAACGAAGCAUUGGACAAUACAAGACCUGUCAAAGGUUGUUGGCUGGGCAGGAAUUGAUGUAAAGGUACAAAAAGUCAAGACUCCGUUGACUAUUCAUAAUAGUAUAGAAUUGUCGGGAAAAGGAACCGCUGUGAUUGAUGGUUCUUCACAGAUAUUUGAAAUUGAUGUUCAAGAUGGGGAAAAGACAUAUGUCAACCCAAAUGCCUUAAUUGCCGUGCUGGGAGCUGGCUCAAAUGCAGGUAUAGUUGCAACAGCAAAUGCAAAUGCAAAUGCGGGGGCAAGAAGGGGAAAAAUAUCUGUUUCCUUGUUACCUCAUCCGACCUAUGAACUAAGCCGAUUAGAUGUCCCGCGUAUUCAUUGGUCUUGGCCGCAUUGGAUAGUUAAUCCAGUAAAUAAUAUUAAAGCGGCAGUAAAGGAACACAUUCUGGCACUAAACACGUAUCGAAUUUGGUACAAGACCAAUGUGUAUCCGUAUUGGGCUCCAAUAAGUGAAAUGAUAUAUACUUGUUGGCGUAAAUCCUACAGCUAUAUCAAUGGCAGACUAAUCAGAAGAAAGCCAUUAUUUAUCGAGAUUCAAGGUCCCUGCACCGUAUUGUUGGAUAACCUGGCAAUGUUGAGAAACGGGCAAAUGUUUACAAGUGCAAAGAUCAGCAAGGUAUUUAAAUAA